UGGACUGCGACCUGGAAAAAAGAGUAUUAACAGCAACUCUAGCGCGUCUAUCAGGAAGUAAAUAGCUAUCAAAGAGCCCGGUAAAACCCCGAGUAACGAUCUGGCUGAAUUUUUACAUUCUGCUAUAUUCAUACUUUGUUAUUCUUCCGCUUUUUAAUGGAGGUUUAAGUUAUAUAUCACGAAGGACAAUUUUUUGAUUGCAGAAUUUGAAUAUUUCAGAUAUGGAGUUUUACCAGGAAGUUUUGUAUUCUCUGUUCGUGGUUCCAUUUACAGCAGGGAAUGGAAUGCGUACCUCUAAUGGUCUCCGUAUCCAUGACGGAAGCAUAUCCACCCUGGCUAUCGCUAUAUACCUCAUCGGUGUAGCGUUCGUUACAAUAUACGUCUCGUCUUCUCCUGUUCACGAUGAUCCUGACAAUGCGAUUCGUUAUUUUCUGAUGGCGAUAGUUCUAAUUGGUAUCUGUGCUUUGACAGCUCUCUGGAUCAAGUUUCGAAGACAGAUACGCGAAAACGAGAUAACAGUUAAUUACACAACCAACACAAAUUCGACAGGAUUGAGGUUGAGAUUUUUAUGGCUGUUUUGCAUUGGGUUAAUAGUCCGUGCUGCGCUGAGUAUGGCUCGGCGAUUUCACAACAUUGCUGUUUCCUACCAUUUGGCAAGGUCCUAUGUGAGUAUUAUUUGGAACGUUUUGCUCUUCUUCUUUUCGUGUCUGCAGACUGCAUUCAUAAGUUAUUUCCGAAACACAGAAAUCGUUGGGUCACUCGGUGUCCAUUAUGGGAUGAUUUUUAUUGUAGUAGCAAAUCUGUCUGUUUGGUUUGACUCAAUUGUGACGCAAGAAAGACACUUUUUCCACCUUGACAAUGAAACGAUGGUUGUCGAUAAAUUUGGUGUGGAAACAUUCAACUGCAUCAAUGAAUCUUCAAUCGUCUGCUUCGCAGAGAACGCCUUUCCAUAUGUUUUGCCUUUAGUUGCCGAGUUCUGUUUAGUUUCCAUCGGAUUUCUUUUCCAAAUUUGGUCGACAGCGAGAAGAUCCAUGGUGAGAAACUUUCUUAUGACUCCCAAUAAUCCCCAGGACGAAACAACAUCUCUCUUGAAUAGUGAAUACGUGGAAAUAGACCAACGAAUACCGGCCCAAUAUGGAGCGCGGAGAAAAUCGGCACUGCUGUAUCUCAGCGCCGCAGUUGGGGCCGUUUUUGUAAUUGUUCUCAUUAUCAUCGAACUGGCACUAUUGACCGAGAAAAAAGAACACGAACUCCAUAGCCUGUAUAUGUCUCUCGAGGUAUAUCGUUUGUUGUACUUCAUCAUCAUGGUGUGCCUCGUUUUUCUCGGCUUCGGACUUUUGUAUGGCCAGUGCGUUCCUAUCAGUAACACACGUGCAAUUUCCGGUAGUGAAUACAUAUUGCUUUUUAGUACUCUGGGGAUGGUGAUGUACCUUCUGUUUGGAGUGGUGGCAGGUAUACAUUUCCAUUCACAUGGAUCAUUGAACAUCGCAGAAAACAUUGUAGAUCUAAUUCUCGUCUAUUUCCAAACGGUUCUCAUGUUGCAAUGUUACCGGUAUCAACGGUACCGCAAACUGGAAUGCCUGUCUAUCAAGAACGUGUUAAUGCUCCUAGCUGUCAUGAAUCUUGGCCUUUGGUUCAAUGAUAGCUUUUUGCAAAACAGAGUGCCUUACAUUAACAAGUUCAAUUAUCAAAUGUUUCAUCAGAAGAUUUGGGAUUUUGUUAACGGCACUCUCUUUCCCAUAACGGUUUUCUUCAGGUUCCAAAGUUCAAUGAUAUUAUACGAGCUGCAUCAUCUCUUCCGUAUUCACAACUAGCCUGUAGAUGUUAGAGCAUUGGAUUAAUAUCACUGCAAAAUCGAGGACUUCCGACAAAUCGAAUACUUAGGAAAGCUAACUUGUGUUUAUGAACAUUUUGAUUUCAUAUAUGCCCUAAUUCGUCAUUGCACUAUCUGCCGAAAAAAUUCUUCUGAAUAACAUUGGAAGUACGCAAUCUAGUGGCCCUGAAGAAGUUCAAUCACUUGGGAUACUAACAUGGCAACCUUUGCCUUUAAUUGUUUAGGACACCGUUAACAAAAUGUUUUGAUUGGCUGAGACACCGUUAACAAAAUGUUUUGAUUGGCUGAGACACCGUUAACAAAAUGUUUUGAUUGGCUGAGACACCGUUAACAACAUGUUUUGAUUGGCUGAGACACCGUUAACAAAAUGUUUUGAUUGGCUGAGACACCGUUAAAGAGACACUACAGCUCAUUUUCCACAUUUUAAUGAAGUGUUUUUUAAACCAUAUAUUAAUAAAAUGAUAAAAUUCACAUCGAUACUGACAAUUUUGAACAAUUGGGAUGCAUCAAUUUACUCUCAACUGCUCUUUGAAGAUCGUCCGGAAUUCAAAGGUUUCUUCAUGCUGACUCGGACUUUUGAAUGCUUAUUUACAUCUCGUGGUUUUGAAUGACAGCAAAGGUGUUGUGUCGGAAAUUAUCUAAAUUCCCCUUCAAGGGGGUCCACACUCACCUUUCAAGUACAUAAGAUUUUUCCCUGCUCCUUAUAAUAACUAAUUAUAAAUCAUUAUUUCAACAGAAACCCUUCCAUGUUCCCAUUGACCGAUGUUUUUACAACUAACACGUGUCGUGUUCAGAUAAAAAUAGCACUUACUUUCAAACGUAGUGUCUUCGCAGCUAGUCUCAAUGGCAGAUUUAGGGGGCCAGUAUCCCCCCUCCCUUUUUACGCUACAGAUUGUGAAUGAAAAUCCAAAUUUUGCACCCGAAUGGCCGAUUACUUUCGCUAAUCUUUGACUUUCACACCCCUCUUCGGAAAUCCUAGAUCCGCCACUGAGUUACAUGCGUUUCUCCGAGCUCUCUGUUUUCCAACGGUCAUAGUGAUCCCAAGGUAAAUUUUAUUUCACGCAUGAGUUUUACCUCAUUCUAUUUUUACCUCUUUUCUCACAGAAUCUGUCAAAAUUCUAGAUCUAUCAACUACACUUUAUCUCACUGGACGACAUGCUGCACUGUUUACUGUCUAUGCGCAUGCGUCUGAAGACUAAAAGGAGCAGACUCGAUAUUUUUUGUAUAGGCCAUCAAAAAGUAUUAAUUUUUACGUUAAAACGAUAAUUUUUAACUUUAGAUAAGUGAUAUUUUCGUAAAGUUCAUACUUUCAACAAUGCAACAAAAAUUGAGAAAGCGCUGGAAAAAUUGUCAUUUCAUGAUUUUUGCGCAAAAUGAGCUGUAGUGUCUCUUUAACAAAAUGUGUCACAAACCUUGGCGCAUGAGUAUUAAAAAGGGGAAAUUAAAGAUAAGAAACAAGUGUUCGAUGUCGUAUAUCCUAGUUUAGCAUUGUGUACACACAGGUCACGUGCUACCCACAUCAUGACGCGACCUCUAAUUAUAGAAUGCCUAGUUUAAAACAGUUUUGUUACACAAUCCUUUGUCUGCUUAGGCUUUUAUAUAGAAGAAAGUCCACUUAUAGUGAAAAGGUUACCUGUAGGUGUCCAAUAAGUUGACAAUUGCUGUCCAUUAUUUUUAAGAAAGGACAGAUACUGUCCGUUCUUAAAAAUAAUGGACAGUAAUUGUCAACUUAUUGGACAGGGCCAGGUUAACCCAAUAAUUCAUUAGACAUCUACAGGUAGGCUGAAAAUAAGAGAAAGACAAUACAUUUGUCAAAGGGAUACAAAUUUAAUUUUAAAUUCCCUACAAGUAAGAAUCAACACAGAUAUCGGAAAAAUCACUGAAACACUUAAAACGAUAUUUCUCCGUAGUAGAAUUCUUUGCUCCAACUAAAAGAUUCACAAUUUUUUAAAUUCCAUGCUGUAUUUGAAUUUCGCUGGAUCCAGAGGUACGGUACAUUCACAGCGCUUUUUUAUGUUUUCUUUAUUGACAUAUCCUAUUUCUUAUUUUCACUUUCAUGCAUAAUUUCAUUUCAUUUCACGAGAUGGGCGUAUUAGGUUCUUUUGGCUGGCGUAAAUUAUUUCUUCAUCCAUAUAUUCGAAAACACAAUGCUAUUCAGAUCAAAAUUUGGCUCCAUAGCCUUCUUACCCUCCAUAUCCAGAAUAUAACACUCAUCAAGAUGAUAUUCGCAGUACUUUCAUUAACAUCCUUAAAUUUUGAUUGUUAUAUGAAAAUGCGCUCCCCAUCAGAGGACAUAUUGAUAUGGCUCAGUACUACAGCGUGAGUGAAUAUAAAACCUGCAGUACAAGAUUACUUAUCUGACACUGUCCAACAAGUGAACAAGAGAAUUAUAUUUCCCCGCGUUUCGUUAGUAAUAGCGGGAAAAUGUUGUAUUGACGGUACGUACAGGUAGAAUGGAAUGAUCCAUUAUUAGCCAAUAGAAUGCGAGUUAGAAAAACAGGUUUUCGAGCUGCAAUUCAGGUAUUCACUUCUAGCCGCCGUUCGUCACGAGAUAAACGAAACUUAAUGGAUAUUUAAAUCUAUGUUUUCAUCCAUGCCAUGCAAAGGUUAAAAAUUUACAAAUAAGUUGUGAGGUCCGUUCACAACCCCAUGCAUCCAGCGGCACUUUUGCGAUUUUCAUCGUUUUAUUUCUAGUUUUUUCCUGGCCGGCCCUGAUGCUAUAUAGAGGAGAUUUGAGGUAUAUUUAAAAGUAUUGAUAUUUAUGUAUUGCUCAUAUUCUGUAUAUGGAGUUGGAAGGUUAUCUUAAUUUUUGUAUUUGGGAAAACGCCUUGUUUUUCUGCGAAUUGUGUAUUUAGAAUACAAUAAAUUACGGGUGUCCAGCAAUCACGGCUGGCUGUCAGGCAAUGUA